GGGAAGCAAUCUGUGAAGGCGGAGCGCGAGUUGAGCUCGCUGAGACGCACCAAAACAUAUCUCUCUCUCUCUCUCUCUCUGAAUUUUGUAAAAACUCACCCGUGACACAGAGAAUCGCAGAAAGCGACCGUAGAAGAAGGAGGAGACGCGAAAUGUGGGGAUUUGGUGGCAGAUGUUACUGGGGAAAGAAGGUAGCUGGCGACAAAGCAGAUGGGAUUGUUGUGGUGUUCGCAUGGAUGUCCAGCGAUGACAAGCACUUAGACAAAUAUGUUGACCUCUAUUCCUCUCUCCGAUGGAAUUCCCUCAUCUGCCAUUCUCAAUUCCUCAAUAUGUUCUUUCCUGAGAAAGCCACAGCUCUUGCUGUUGAUAUUCUUAAUGAACUUGUUGAGGUGCUGAAAAUUAGGCCUUGCCCCCUUGUGUUUGCAUCAUUUUCGGGUGGUUCAAAAGCUUGCAUGCUCAAGAUUCUUCAGAUAAUCAAUGGGACUUCUGAAGCACAUAAUAUGGAUGACUAUCGGCUUGUUAAGGAUUGUAUAUCUGGUUACAUUUAUGAUUCCAGUCCGGUUGAUUUUACCAGUGAUUUGGGUGUUCGAUUUCUUCUACAACCAACUGUUUUGAAAGUUUCCCAUCCACCAAGAUUUGCUUUGUGGGUUGCAAAUAGCAUAGCAUCUGGUCUUGAUUCUCUUUUCCUUAGCAGAUUUGAAGCGCAGCGUGCAGAGUAUUGGCGUACUCUAUAUUCAACCACUAGUAUGAAGGUCCCAUAUCUCAUUUUGUGUUCAGAAAAUGAUGAUCUUGCUCCAGUUCAAGUUAUUUCAAAUUUUGCCGAUAAACUUAAAUACUUUGGAGGAGAUGUCAAAUUGUUAAAAUGGAGUAAUUCUCCUCAUGUAGGUCAUUAUCGGCAUCAUCCAGUGGAUUACAAGGCUGCUAUUUCUGAGAUCCUUGGCAAGGCAGUUGCAAUUUACCGUCGCAAAAAUCAACGAAUUGAAGAUGAGGUCCUAGGCAUAGAGGGAACUAGAGAUGAGAUCACAGAUCCAUUCUCUGAAUUGAGGAAAGCAGCAGUGACCUCAACUAGUUUUCAGGGUUUUGCUGUUUCUCCAAGUGAUAAUCUGUCACCCGUUUCAAUGGAGUACUACGAUGGUAAAGAUGUGGGCUCCAUACCUGAUGAACGGAAGGAAGGUUUUAUUCAUCUGCCAAGCCAUGCAAGCAUCAAUGCGCAUGGUGUUCUUAGCCAAAUACUGUUUGAUGUUUGUGUUCCAAGGAACGUUGACGAUUGGGAUAUCAGGUCAAAUUCCAAGAAUGCAGUGUUACAUGGUAGAAGAAGGCAUGCUCCAUUUAAUCCUAUAAAAUGUAUUCGGCGCUCAAGAUUGUAAGACUUGAGGAACAAAAGUUUCAGGUGAACUCUUGCAAUCUUUGGAGGCAUAAGGACUAAUAAGCUCCUUCUUAUGCUUCUUUAAGCACCAAGGAGUAGGCAAUGUAAGCCUUGUUUAAUAUGGUAAAUUGUACAGCUACCUCAUCGGAGAAAAAACUAUUAUGGUUUUGACUGAGAUCACUGUAACAAGAAUAAAGAGGAUGUUGUAAAUGUAAUGUAAUAGUAUCCUUGUAUUACGUGGAGAGAUUCUGUUCGUACUGAAGAAACUUGUGCAAAUAA